UUUAUAGAUAAUCUGUUGUGCAUACCAGUACGUAGCGAACAGUUCCUUGACUUACUCUUUACCCUGUAGUCAUAGCGAAUAAGAUUUUUUCGACAAUUUCCGAGAACCAUCCUACUCGGAAACUGGUUUCUAGUACUCCUCGGUUGUUCUUUCGGACAAAAUCAUAAAUGCACAACGGUUGUUACUUCAACAUAUCAGAGGUCACCGUCAUGGGUCCAAGAUCGAGAAGCCGUGGGAUUAACCGUCUCUCAAAGGCGUCACAAAGCGAUGGGAAAAAGAUUGAACACAACAAAUCCCUUAAAAAUAAGGUCAGAGACGUAUAAAGACUGCUUGAAAAGAGUGAUCUUCCAGCAACUGUGACAGUUGUCCAGCAACUGUGAGAGUUGUCCAAGAACGAAUGCUUGAUGUCUUAAAAGAGACAAUUAAGGAUAAAGCGAGGGAAGACAAGCAGAAAAAGAUUGAAAAAAGAUCUAAAAAGGUCAAAUUCUUUGAGAAAAAAAAGAUAUUUAGAAAAUACAAAUCUUUUAUGAAAGAGCUAAAUGAAACAGAGGAUAGUGAAACAAGAAAUUCUCUACUUAAAAAACUUGAAGAGAUCAAGCAGCAGUGGAAUUAUGUUCACCAUUUUCCAGAAAACACCAAGUAUAUUUCGUUGUUUCCACUGACGUCACAUACAAAUGCAGAAAUUGUUGCUAAGCAAGAAAAAAUCCAGAAAAUUAUUGCAAAGAAGGUGGCAGGGGGUGAGUUUGAGGAUGCAUCCAGUACAAUUUGGAAAAUGGGUAAAGCAUCUCGAAAAGUGAAAAAGGAAAAACCUAAACUGGUGUUGAGUGAUGAAGAAUCUGGACGAUUUGAUUCGAAGGGAGACGGUGAAGAUGAAUCUGGAGAUCAGGAACCACCGCCAAUACUCGACCCUAGAGAGGAUGACUUCUUUAUGGAUUCAAGUCCAAGCCCAGUGAAAGAAGAUGUGAAAAAGCAGAAGAAAACUUCAAAAAGGCCAAAACGAUCCCAGUUUAAAGUCGAGAAGAAAUAGUUUUUCUGUUCUCCAACCACGGCUGGUCCAAAGAGGAUGUCUUCCAAGCACGCACUGUAACUAAUGUUUUCGGUCGUGAAAAUUACUUGUGAAAAAGAGACAAUUGUUACAAAAAGCAGAAAUAAUAGUGAAUUAUGUCAGCUUAAGUAUAUUUUCAUAUAUUUUUUAUCAGAUGCAGGAGAGCUUAAAUGGUGUGAAUUUAUUUAUUAAAGAAAUCAAUGUUGUUAGAAUUGCUAAAAUAUUUAUUAAACCCUCGACCACACUGUUAUUUGUAAGAAAACUCGGUUUUUUCUUUAC